AUGAAGAUUCUCAAGUGCGAUCUCUUACUGAUUGUUAUCGCUGUAACGGUGGUGGUACUGAUGGCGCCGCCGACGAUCUCCGCCGCGAAGGUCGGAGUAACCUACUCCACUCCCGACUUCAGCUCUGGAUCCGUCGAAGCUUCUCCAAAAAGAAUCGUAGCAAAGAUCGUUUCUAUGGAGAUCGAGGCGGUGAGGCUUGUCGAUCCCAACCCGGAGAUGAUUCGCGCCUUCGCCUCCACGAAGAUAUCUCUGUUCCUCUCUGUUCCCAAUCCACUGGUUCCGAUGCUGGCUUCAGAUCGUUUGCAAGCGUUCGAGUGGGUAAAGCUCCAUGUCCUUCCCUUCCACAAUCGCACAAAGAUCUCCAUGAUAUCCGUCGGAGACGACGUGGUUUCCUCGAGUUGGCCGGACGCUCCGCCGCCUCUGUUUCUCCUCCGGGCAAUCCGAAACGUCCGUAGAUCUCUUGUGCAUCUGGGAAUCCACAAGGUUUCUGUAUCUACGACGUUUUCAUUCCUCAGCAUCAUCCCAUCGGCUUUCCCUCCUUCGUUGGCGCGUUUCCGGAACCCUAACGGAGACGUGAUCAUCAAGCCGAUUCUGGAGUUUCUGGAGAAAACUAAAUCUUCCUUCUUGGUGAACCUAUACCCAUACAACAUAGACUCCUCAAUUCACAAGGGGUUUGCCUUUUUCGAAGAUCCGUUCAGCUACGUCGACGAUUCUUCCAUCAUCCAAGUUCGCUAUGGUAACCUAUUCGAUGUGAUGGUGGACGCGGUGGUGAGGUCUCUGGCAGUCAUGGGUCACGAGAACCUUCCGGUGGUGGUGGGGGAGACGGGUUGGCCGAGCUGGUCCUCGAACUCAAGUGAGGUUUAUGCUACACCAAAGUGCAGUCAGAGAUUCCUAAAUGCUCUUGUUGAUCAUUUGAGAGCUGGAAAGGGAACUCCUUUGAGGAAAGAAGGCGUUUCAGAGGUUUAUAUAUUUGAACUCUGCGACAACGAAUCCAAGCAACAAAGCAAAAGGACAUGGGGUCUUCUCGACUAUCAUCUCAAAAAAUGAACAUCACUUUCUUCCUGGAUGAUAUACCUGAGAUGGAGAAGAAGUUUAUACAACUCAAUUACUUGGUUAUUGUAUGCAUGCUCUUUCUUGCAGUCAUUAGUACGGUUGCCAUUCUGACCUGUCCCAGUAAUAUUGUUAGCGCGUGGAGGGGGACGCCAGCUAAGCGCGAGCGUAAGCAGAAGAAGCAAUACUAGACUAGUCUAGACUCGCAACAAAACUGAUGUUCAGAUGUACU